UCCACAAAAGCCUAGGAGCACCUCCGCUUCCCCUGCAACCCUGCAAGGAGCCAGAGUGAAAGCAAAAGCGAGCUCAACUCCUUCAGUGAGACUGCGUAGCUAGCAAUGGAGCUUCCCUGGGUUGUCGUGAUGCUGCUGCUCUCCGUCUCGGCCUCCGCGGCUGCUACGCUCGCCGUCACUGCUCCGCCUCCAGCGUCUCCAGCCCCUGCGCCAGCCGCCCCUGCCCACGCACCUCCUCAAGCUCCUCUGGGCGCUGAAGGUCUGCUGAUCAACGGCAACUUCGAGACGGCGCCGAGGAAGACGAACAAGACCCUGAUCGUGGGCCGCCACUCGCUCCCCGGAUGGACGCUGCGCGGCCACGUCGAGUACGUCUCCGCCGGCCCGCAACCCGGCGGCAUGUUCUUCGCGGUGCCGCACGGCGUGCACGCGCUCCGCCUGGGCGGCCGCUCGUCGGCGUCGCAGAACGUGUCCGUACGGCCCGGGUCACUCUACGCGCUCACCUUCGCCGCGACGCGCACCUGCGCCCAGGACGAGGCCCUGCGCAUCUCCGUGUCCCCCUCGCUCUCGGCCCCAGCCGACGUCGCCGUCCGCACCCUCUACAGCGCCGACACCGGCGCCGACACCUGGGCCUGGGGCUUCCGCGCCUCGGCCCAGCUAACGCAGCUCUCCUUCUCCAACCCCGGCGUCCAGGAAGACCCCGCCUGCGGCCCUCUCCUCGACGCCGUCGCCAUCAAAGAACUCCCCACCCCUUACCCCACCAAAGAGAAUUUGAUAAAGAACGAGGGAUUCGAGAUCGGGCCGCAGGUGUUCAAGAACUCCACGGUGGGAGUCCUCCUGCCCCCAAAACAAAAGGACGCGACCUCGCCGCUGCCGGGGUGGAUCAUCGAGUCCCUGAAGGCCGUCCGCUACAUCGACGCGGCGCACUUCUCGGUGCCGUCGGGGAACUACGCGGUUGAGCUGGUGGCGGGGCGGGAGAGCGCCAUCGCGCAGGUGAUCCGGACGGUGCCCAACAGGGCGUACAACGUCUCCUUCGCCGUCGGCGACGCCAAGAACGGAUGCCACGGGUCCAUGCUCGUCGAGGCCUUCGCCGGGAACGUCACGUUGAAGGUGCCGUUCGAGUCCGCGGGGAAAGGCGGGUUCAAGACGGCGAGCUUGAGGUUCGUCGCUGGUGGCGUCAGGACUAGGGUGACUUUCUAUAGCUCCUACUAUCACACCAAGGCCACCGAUGGCGUCUCGCUCUGUGGCCCCGUGCUCGACCAGGUCAAGAUCCAGCCGCUGAAGGUGUAGUUGUGCGGAGAUGUUUUAUCUCCUGCUGGUAGAUCAGGAUGAACUAUGUCGUGGUGAUUUGGUGUUGUUGCUGUGUUGGUGAUUUGGCUGCGGUGGGUUUGUGAGGACUCUGCUUCUGCUGUCUGAUCGUGUAGCGUGUAAUGGAACCAGCUAUGCAUGAAUUGGAAAACUGUUCUUUCGCUGAUCAACUGAAA